ACAAACCCAUAUAUCCAAACCCACUAUUCCAUACACAUAUACACUUUCACUGUUCCAUUGCCAAAAAAACAGAAAUGGAGAGAGUGUUCCAACUGGCGGCGGAGAGGCCGGUGGUGAUGUUCAGCAAGAGCAGCUGCUGCAUGUGCCACACCAUCAAGACCUUGUUCUCCGAUUUCGGGGCCAACACCACGGUCUACGAGCUCGACGAGAUCUCAGGUGGCAGGGAGAUCGAGCAGGCACUGGCUCGACACGUCGGCGCCGGCAGUGACUUCCCCGUGGUGUUCAUCGGCGGGAAGCUUGUUGGUGGUGCCAAUGAGAUCAUGACCCUUCAUCUCAACGGUUCUUUGUCUGCCAUGCUCAAACGGGCUGGUGCACUGUGGCUCUGAUCAUAUCGUUCGUUGAUGAGAUGGGUCAAGUUUUUGGUUAACUAUACUAUGUAUAACGGAGUUGAGUCUUUUUCUUCUUAAUUACAGUCAUCAUCGUAAUGAUGAUGAUAAUGAUAAAACCUCUGUUUUUGGCUAAGCAUCAGAGGUUACUACUACUGCGACUAAUUAUUAUAUAAUAAAGUUUGAUGAGAGUUUCAUCUCUUUGUGGGUGUCCGUGAUUUGUUUGAUUGAUCUUCAUGAGGUUCAAAUUGAGUACUAAAAAAGUAAAAACUGU